GAACGUUCUCUCCACCGGUAGUGACGAAAAGUUAGCAUACCAAACAUUCAAGCGUUAUGGCGGCGACCAUUGAGGGGCUGUUAUCGGAGAUUUCCUCAUCUGAGGACCCACUAGAAGGGCUCAGAAACCUCCGAACUGCUGUUUUAUCAACUCCUGUAAACAACCUGAGAGAGCUAGGGUCCGGUUGUAAUUUGGAGGUGAUUUUUUCCCUUCUCAACACCGCUGACAAGGAACAAAUAGAAGUAUGUGUCGAGGUUCUGGGGCGCAUCCUGCAGGCUCAAGAUCCCGCCCUCUUGUUUCACGCGCGGAAGACGGAGCUCGAGGGUGGCCUUCAGCAUCCAGACGACACUGUCAAAAUUCUCACGCUCACACAGAUGGGCAGAGUGGUGGAGAAUGGAGAAGCUCUGACCCAGAUGUUGGCAUGUGAGAACAUCCUGAGGAAAGUCAUACAGUGCAUAGCUGCUGAGAAGAUUUCUGUUGCUAAAGAGGCUAUCUCUGCUCUAGCGAAGUUGGCUCAUUGUAAGCCUGGACUUGACGCCCUGUUCCGCACUCACCUUAAAGAUGUCAAGGAUGUCAUGGCCACCAGUGACAUCAUCCGGUACAGAGUUUAUGAGUUGGUGGUGGAGGUGUGCGCAGUCUCUGCCGUAUCGCUGGGUUACUGCGCCAGCACCGGCUUCAUCUCCCAGCUAUUAGAAGAGAUGGCUGGAGACGACAUCCUGGUUCGGGCCACUGCCAUAGAGACAGUGACCCACCUGGCAGAGUUCCAGCAUGGCCGCCAGUACCUGUCCCAGCAGGGCACCAUGGAGCGCCUCUCCAACAUGAUCAUCGCCGCCGAGCAAGACCCCUUCAGCAGCCUCUACCUACCAGGCUUGGUGAAGUUCUUUGGUAAGCUGGCUCUGCUGGAGGGCCCACAGCAGGUGUGUGAGUGCUACCCGGCGUUCCUCAGCACGGUCUUUGAGAUGCUGCUGGGUCCCGACCCCACACACACCACCGUCGCCCUUGACACCGUUGGAGCCCUGGGAGCCACUGUGGAGGGCAAACAGGUCCUGCACAAAACAGGUGAGAAGUUCAAAGCUGUGCUGAAAAGAAUGAGUCAUAUUGCCCAAGAUGGACCAAAUGAUCUACGUGUGCGGUGCAUCGAUGCCAUUGCACUCCUCCUCUCUCUCCCCGUAAGUAGUGAGGAUCAGACGGAGGAUCUGUGUGUUCUGACAGAGAGCUGGUUCUGCUCGCUGAGCUCGCAGCCCAUGGAGAUGUUCCGUACCAUCAGCACACAACCCUUCCCAGAGCUACACUGCUGCGCCUUACGGGUCUUCACUGCCAUUGGCAGCCAGGCUUGGGGCCAAAGGAUGAUGGUGCAGACUCCAGGUUUCCUGGAGUGGAUUGUGGACCGGUCGUCAGGCGUGACCAAGGAAGGGAAGGAUGCUAAGUUCGAGCUGGUCGGGGCACUGGUGACCUCGCCCACCACGCAGGAGCUGCUCGGUUCCCAGAAUACACUGCGUCUCAGGGCGUAUCUGAGGGAGGGUCCAUAUUACGUCAGCGCGGUGGCCGCCGUGUCCACUGAGGGAGCAGACUAAAAGGAAUACUCAAACACACUACGUCAUGUGCUCUGUUGAUCUUCUAAUGCCGUCUUUUGUAUUUGCCUAAUGUUUGUGUUUAAUAAAUGGUAUGUGUCAAACUGA